AUUUCCGAUGAUUCCGGCGUGUCCAGAUCGCCGUCCAAUGAAAUACAGGCAAAUGGCAACUCGACCCUAGAUGACACGGCCUUGAGCAUCCAUUUGCCAAGGAUGAUGAAUACUAGCAAUCUGAAACUUGGAGCCCAGAAGUUUUUCGAUCCGUACGUCAGUCCGGAACAGCAUCUACGUCUGAAUCAAACCACUGGGACCCUGUCGCCCAUUUCCCAAACUCCCCAAACGGUAAUCAGACUACCACAUGGCGUGACACAGAGCAUGCUAGAUGACUCCAUGGUGGAUCAUUUGCGCGAGGAAAACAAACAGCUGCUUUCGCGCCUGACACAAAUGCGUCAUUGUGUGCAAAAAGCGAUUGAACAAAAGCAGGAGGCUGAACUAGAACUAACUCGAUUACAAAGUCAGUCGGUGUGCUUGGGAGCAGCUGGCGAUCAGAGUCGGAUGAGCGAAGGAUUGCAAUCCUUUUUGGAACACGAGUCCCGACUGCAACACAUGGAGACAAUGGAACAGUUACGACAACAAAUCUAUGAGUUAGAGGAGCAGUUUGCCACAAAACACGACACUCUGAUCCGUACUGAAACGGCCUACCAACAAGUGCAGGCGGAAAAUGCCGAGCUAUCUCAACGGGUUGUAAGUUUUCUGCUCUCACUACAUCGACUACCUUUAUUACUUAGACCACCAUGCUUCGUAGUCUAUUGA